AUGUUGAAGAAGGAUGCUGCAACCAGUUGGAACGAGGAUUGUCAGAAGGCUUUUUACAAAAUCAAGGAAUACAUGUCCACACCGCCAGUCCUAGUCCUGCUGGAACGUGGGAGACCUUUGCUACUCUAUUUGUCUGUACUAGAUAGGGCUUUCGAUUGUAUUUUGGGACAACAUGAUGAGACGAGAAAAAAGGAACAAGCUAUAUAUUACUUGAGUAAGAAGUUCACACCUUAUGAAGCACAGUACUCUCUGCUAAAACGAGAGGGCAUUGCUGAAGCCUAUGACAGUUGGAGAAUGUUUUUCGACGGAGCUGCAAAGAGUGGGUAUUCGAGCAGUUUUGGUGUCAAAGACAGGUCAACAUUAUCCGAUAUACGCAAAGCUUAG